AUGCUCAUCCGCCCAGCGACAGAAUCCGACCUCCCCCAGGUCCGCCACAUCAACACCUACUAUAUCCUCCACACCUCCCUAACCUUUGCCCAACACCCUCUCCCGCCCCCAUCCUACGCCAAGACAUAUCACCACAAUCUCGCAAAAGGCCUCCCGUACCUCGUGGCAACCGAUGAAGCGCAGAAGUGGGAAGAUGACUCACCUCUAGUGCUCGGCUACGCCUACCUCUCCCCAUACCGCGGGGACCGGCUGUCCUAUGCGCCGACAGUGGAGCUUACAUUGUUUGUCCACCCGGAAUACCACUCCCAGUCCAUCGGCUCGCAACUACUCUCCGCCCUCCUGGACAAAGUCCGCGCGGGAGAGGUCCGCCAUCGAGCUUCGGAGGACACGGGAGAUGGCCACCUGGAGAUGGGGUAUGGAGACGACGGACGCCCUGGUGUGCCAGUUCGGAACGUCCUUGCGGUGAUGUCAGUCGAUCCCGAGGGUAAGGAUGGCGGGGAGGCGUUGCGGCGAUGGUACGUCCAGCGGGGGUUUGUCGAACGGGGACGGUUGGAGAAGAUCGGACGGAAAUGGGGGCGAUGUAUCGAGUGGAGACGGAGUGAGAGUGUCUACUGGACUGUCAUCAUUGUAUGGCUUCACUUCUGCCUAAUCUGA